GGCGCGUACAGCCGAAUCCUCUACGUGAUGAAGAAACGGGCCCGCAAGAUCCGAGACAGCAAGGUGGUGCAGGUUGCGACGGUGGAAGGAGGCGGAGAAGAAAAGAAGGCAGUAGCCGUUGUCGACGAGAAGGAAGAGAUGAGAAGAAAACGGGAACAGAAGGCUGUGAUGACGCUUCUAUCCAUUAUUGGUGUCUUUACAGUCUGCUGGGUACCGUUCUAUCUGCUCUUCGUGAUAAGCGCAUGGUAUCCAGACUUCUUCCCCGGCUGGUUCGUCGAGUUCUCCUACUGGAUGGCGUACAUCAACUCGGCGGUAAACCCCGUGCUGUACGGCAUCAGCAGUGCUGAGUUCCGCGCCGCCUACAUCAAGGUCUUCUACAUCCUCACCUGCCGGGACCCGCCGUCGGGGGGCUGAGCCUGCGGCACGGCUCUCGAGGACGAGUCGUGGCUGUCUGUCACGUUCGGCCCCGAGUGACACGGGACCGCCGGGUGUCCGCAAUUGACAGUGAUAUUUGGUCGUGGCGUGGUAAUGUUUGAAGAAUAGGAACAUUAUAGUAUGACUUUAUACACAAC